UAUGUGUCUAUGAGCCCACUUCUAUUCUUAGGCCCUGUCUGCAGCUAACCUUCGGCUACCCUGCAAGCAACGCUCUCUCCAGCCAAAUCGCAAAAUUACUGGCGUCGUCGGUUCCACCCCACCCACAUUGAGGCAACCCAACCAGCACCUUCACCUCCACCCUUCACUCCAGGCUUGUUUGACCUGAGCAGACCGGGCAAAGAGAGGGUGCCACGGAGGAUAGGCGGUAAAUAAGGGGGCGAAAUUCCAACAUCCCACGCAGGGUAUUCCCAUCCCGAAAACCGGAGGUAGAAGAGUGGACUUCGUAGUUUGAACCAAAAUGAGCUCAACGUAUUCAGUGAGUCUGAACGGCCCUGCUCCUUGGGGCUUCAGGCUACAAGGAGGCAAGGAUUUCAACAUGCCACUGACCAUUUCCAGGAUAACUCCCGGGAGCAAGGCAGCAGGGGGCAGUCUAACCCAGGGAGACAUCAUUUCGGCCAUAGACGGAGUCAGCACUGAGGGAAUGACCCACCUGGAAGCACAGAACAAGAUCAAGGCUGCAACAAAUAAACUCACACUCACAAUGGUGAAAUCACGACGCCCUGUACCAGUCCCCACAGCAACACCCAGAAUGGACUCCCCCAUGCCAGUCAUCCCACACCAGAAGGUCAUCGCAAACACAGCCGCAAAUGUGGAGUACACCCCCAGCUUCAACCCCAUCGCCCUGAAAGACUCUGCGCUCUCCACCCACAAACCCAUCGAGGUGCGGGGCCCCGGGGGUAAAGCCACCAUCGUCCACGCCCAGUACAACACCCCCAUUAGCAUGUACUCACAAGACGCCAUCAUGGACGCCAUCGCCGGACAGUCACAGGCUAAAGGUCACGAGAAUGAGGAACCAGCUGGCUCUCCCCUGGCUGCGUUGCCCAUUAAGGACCCGGUGGUAGACUGCGCCUCGCCCGUGUACCAGGCCGUGAUCAGACCCGCCGAAGCCCCCCAGGACAUGAGCGAAUGGGCUCGCCGAGCCGCCAACCUCCAGAGCAAGAGCUUCAGGAUCCUGGCACACAUCACCGGCACCGAAUACAUGCAAGAUCCAGAUGAGGAGGCUCUGCAGAGGUCGAGGGAGAAGUUCGAGUCUGAGGUGAAGGGGCCACGCUUUGCCAAACUGAAGAACUGGCACCACGGUCUGUCAGCACAGAUCCUCAACAUCCAGGAAUAAAACCAGCAACCACCAACUACUACGACAACAAUACCGCAAUACAAGCAACAUAAGUACAUAAGAUAUACAAAGAAGGCAAGAUGGCCACCAUGGACAAAACAGUGGGGAAUUAUUUAAAAAUGUUUAAAUUAUGGAGAAAAAGGCGGAGGAGGAAGAAGACUUGUGAAUGUGAGGUAGUUGCUAGUUUAGGAGGAUGUGAGACUUUAGCGGUUAGCGUGAGAAUGCUACGUGUUCAUAAGCUCCAUAUUAACUGUAUUGUCUGCUGCUAAGAUCUGAUUUUGCAUUUGGGUUUUAAUUUCUUUUUGUUUGUUUGUUUGUUUGUGUCCGUCUUUCUCGAAGUGAAGAGAAAUUGUACAAAAAUAAAUAAAGUAAAAGUGACAGUAAGAGGUUCUUUCAUGCCCCCAGUGGCAGUGCUGUGUAACUGCUCAUGAUGUAACAGCACAAAAGGACAAACAUGUAAAAAUGCACUCAGAAUGUACUAAUAUCAAUGUGAAUAAAUGUAAAUUAUUAAAAACUAAAAAACUGCAAA